GGAAGUAUCAGAUUCCAUGAGAAGUUUGACUCGGUAUUUUUCUAAGCGAGUGCACAGCAUAGACUGUAUGUGCACACACACACACAGUAGAUUGCAGCCAUUUCUGUCAUCGGUCUGUGUCGUGUAAUUCUACGUUGUUUGGGAGAAGUAUCUCCUGUCUGUAAUACACAUUUUGGAGUAACGUUUACAACAACUUAGAUUUCCCCUAUUGUUUUCUCGGCUGGCUUGCUUGCCAGCUGAAUCUCGUCGGGAUGGACCCAGCAAGCCGAUACCAAGUGCUGGACAAUGAGGAUGACUCUUCGGAGGCCUCAACCAGUGAGCAGCAGCCUUGUACUUCUGCCACAGCCCAGGCUGGUAGGUCCAGCCGGGACCAGAACCAGACUGGCCCGGCGCCUGCCGCUGCUGCAGCAGCAGCAGAGGAAGCAUCGGGAUCAGGGACUCAGGGGGAGGUGGAGGCACCUCCACCCCCUUACGCCUCCAUUGACCUGGGAGCAACCGCUGCAGCACCCGAGACUAGUUACCGUGGUGACUUCCCAGUGCCUCCGCCCUACAGUGUCGCCACAUCACUGCCCACAUAUGACGAAGCGGAGAAGGCCAAAGCGGCCGCCAUGGCUACCUCCACUGUGGAGGUGAUGCCACGGGCUGAGGAAUUCCCUCCCAGAGAUGAUUUCAGUGACGCUGAUCAGCUUCGAGUUGGGAACGAUGGAAUCUUCAUGUUGGCCUUUUUCAUGGCCUUCCUGUUCAACUGGAUUGGGUUCUGCCUUUCCUUCUGUCUGACUAAUACCAUCGCAGGACGCUACGGAGCCAUCUGCGGAUUCGGCCUUUCCCUCAUUAAGUGGAUUCUCAUCGUCAGGUUCUCCGACUACUUCACUGGCUACUUUAAUGGUCAGUACUGGCUCUGGUGGAUCUUCCUGUUGCUCGGUCUCCUGCUGUUCUUCAGGGGUUUCGUUAACUAUCUUAAAGUCCGCAACAUGUCAGAGAAUAUGGCCACCUCUCAUAGAACACGCCUCUUCUUCCUCUACUAAAAGGUUUCCACACCAUCACCAUUCCUUUCCGACGUGAAGUUCCCUCCCUCCCCCUCGAAUAACCUGAGCGAGGAGCCUUGCAGUGCAGAGAGGAGACGGGGAAGAAAGAAAGGAAAGACGUAGGGAGAAAGUGUUACCAGUCUCAUUAAAAGCAUAACACGGCUCACUCUGAACUUCUGAACCGAGCCGAAAAAAAUGAGUCUACGAUGAUCUAUCUUCUGGCUUCGUUUUCAUUUCUCAUUUUCCAUUUUCCUUUGAUUCUAAACACAGUUUGAACAAAAAAAAAAGCAGUCGCACAUACGUGUCAAGAAUUCAGCCUCCCAUAAUGAGAUAUCCAAUAUUUUAGGAGUCGCAGAGAUGCUAAAUGAAAGCACAAUGAAACUAUUUCAAUGAAACAGCGUCGUAAAUGUCAGAAACACAAAAGUUGCUCUAGCUCAUUUGUGUAAUCAGCUUAUGUUUGAGAAAACCUCUGUCCAAAGACAUUUGGAAUUUUAAAAAUAGACAAAAGGUGCAGCAAUCGGAAACCUACUCCGAGCCUUCAAUGUUCAAAUCUCCUCUUCCAGCUUUGUCUACGACUUUUGCACAUUACAAUAUAUCUCGAGCAGUUUUAGCACUAGCUUUGCCAUUCCACAUUUUUUAAGUUCAGGGUGUUUUGAACAAGUCUUACUUUUAAAUGUAGCAUUUUUACGCCCUCGUUAAUGUGUAGCGUGGCCAAAGUCGGUCUACUUUAGUUGACAGUGUGCAUCCUUCUAACAUCUCAGCCUCUCUACCCGGAAAACAGUUAGGCAGCCGAGAGGAAAGAUGGAAGAUUUUCAUCUCAAGGGCACUCAAAUGUGCAUGUAUAAGGAAAACCAGAGUAAUGCAGUGAUCGGUUUACAUAUCACAGACCCAGAUGCAUUUAGUGUUUUUAAAACAAACACAAUUUCCGACUCGCCCACGCUGAUUCCGUUUACCGUGACAUGGAAAAAUAUGACAAAGGACAGAAAACAGCUUGGAAUAAAUUGAAACUCUUUCUUAACGAGACAACCAAUCGUUACAUUAAGCCCUGACUUUGAACUUUGGGAGUUUUGAACUAACUGAAACAGGAAACAAUUUUUCUAUUGAUACUUUGUGAGUCACUGAACGGAAAAAGAGGAAGCCAGGCAGUUAAUGAAAGUCGGUAAAAUUUGCGUAUUUACUAAAAAAAAAAAAAAAACAACAAAAAAAAAAAACUUUGUAAACGGAGCCUAAUAUAUGUGAUACAUGUGCGCAAUAAGAUCUCCAUACAUUUUUCCUAGUCUUUUUGCCUUUUAAUGAUAACUGUCAUGCUAAGCUGACCUAUGCAGUGAAGAUAUUCAUCAAUCAUGACAUUUUUAGAGGGCUACAGUUGCUCUGUUUGAAUCAAAGAAAAAUAAAAAGCAUCUGCCUAACUACCAAAAAACAACAACAACAACUUCAUAAUCCGUUUUUAACCAUAUGUUACAGUAACACACAUUUGUCACCUUUCUGGGGCUCAGUUUAUCGAAACAGGUCUGUAAAACAAACUGCUUUUUGUUCUUCUCAAACUCCACACUGGUAAAACAGUGUGUGUAAGCUACGGAGGAGCACUGCUAAUCAGUGGAGGCUCCUUGGACAAAUCAGUGUUUCUAGACUGCACAGGCUGCUCCAGGCUGAUCGGUGGAAAGUGGCCCAAAAGCAGGACCAUGUGGAAAGUGAGCUCCUGCUUCAGUGCUGUGGAAGGGGAACCGAUAAUAAGCAUUUUAAAUACCACUUGAGUAAGACUCUUUGGAACAAAAGAGUCGUAUGCAAUUUAGUUCUCUGUAAUGACAUACAAUAGUCGUGGAGUUAAAGUCCUGUGAUCAUGGAAUAGUUUCACCAUUAGAGAUUGAGAUCAGGUUCCGCCCAGAGUGAAGCGGGUGUUCAUUUUUGGGAUAAAGCUGAGGUGCCCUUUGAACAAGCUGCACAAUAUGUGUGUGUGUACUGCACACACUUGCCAACACAAGGAUUUAAAUUACCAGUAAAUCAGAAGAAAAAUGCAAUAAAAGCUAUUAAAAUGUGACUGGUUCGGGCAUGUUGUGCAUGAUUUCGAGAAACCUAACACAUGGAUCUCUCUUUGAGAUUUUAGCUUUUAUGAUUAGAUUAAAAUGUUCUUUUCAUUGUGCGAGAAGCUUUUGGUGAUGUAACAUAGCUCCUAUUAGAAAGGUGGAUUCUAUGUGGAGGAAAACACUUUUUAAUAUAUGAUAAGAUAAGAAUGACAUCAGCAGAUGUUGCCAUAGGUUCUCUAAGAGUAACAGCGAUGAAGUUAGGGGGUACAGUCCAGUGGGAGUGCAGUAGUCUUUGAGCUUUUGCGCCAUGAAAAUGGAGCCUAACUCUUUUUUUUUUUUUUUUUUGUCAUCCAGAAAACAAAAUGUAUAUACCAGCUUAUGCCAAUUCAUAAUAUUUGCACUUUGAAGAACUUCUGUACAGUAUGAUUUGUGAAUCUGCUUAACUUGUUGUAGUGGACAGAGAAAAGAAGAAAAAUAUAUAUAUAUCUUCGCCAUCCAAGUUUUACAACUGGAAUACUUAAUCAUCCCCAAUGGAUAAUUUGCCUUUUGCACUUUUUAUUUUUCAAUAAUGAUAAUAUUGUUAUUGUGUGUCUUGUUUCAUCGCUUUUAGCCUAAACUGUGACAGCUUAAGUAUUGCCCAACUUUUUUUAUGCUUUUUUUUCUGGUCAUAUCCAACUUUUUUGCAAUAUCAAGGUCUUUCAACAAAUUAAAGCUUGGCUGCAUGAUUUGUCCACCUGAAUGAGUGGGGUAAUAUUAGAAUGAAUCUAGUACAGUUACAUUUCUUUGUAAAUAAAUAAAGAAAAAAUGAGAAGGCAGCCAAACUAUUUUUUUUUGUCUUAAGAUAAUUCUUGUAAUAUCUUCUGAAGCAGUUGUGCAUUUAUCGUAACUGGAAUGAAAUUGACAAAUAAAAAAGAAAUGCCAAUAAAGUUCAAAAGUCGGUU